CGCAUCUGCGUUGUCUCUCCGGGUCUUUGGGAUUCGCCAAACCGCAACCGGUUGUGAUUGGAAACCCAGCUCAGCGGAAGCGAAGAGUUGCAGUCAGUUGCUAUGUUAUUAAGUUCCCGGUUUGUUUAGUGGUAAAACGAAGGUGUUUAUUUUUCUGACAAUCAGUGAUACGAGAAUCGAUCCGAUUAAACGCUCUGCAGUGAGUCGGAGGACUGUAUUCCGAAAGGCAUUAAUGUUUGACAGGUCUAACAACCGCUCGCCGUCACCUGUUGUCCCAAUGAGUUUGAUACAUCAUCGCUGCUGCAAAGAACAGUGAGUGCGAAGCACCUAUCUUUAAUCAUCAUGUAAAAGCCUGUUUAGAAGAAAAAAUCUGCAAAGUGUAAAAAUAGUGAGGGGCUUACUAUUGUGAAAUAAGAUUCAGUAUUUUUGUGCAUCAUGAAGUCCAGUUUCAAGUAUAUCUGCUCGUUCCUGGCAAUUUUCAGUGUGAAGCACAUCACGUGUGAUAGUUUGCCGUGUGAUUUCAUCGAUUCCGUCAACAUCACCGAUGGGGUUCGCGACGGUUCGGGAAAUAUCAUCCACAACAACAUUCUGUACAAACCCAAGUAUUAUCGGACAAUCGAUUACGACUAUGAGCACUUUUCGCAGAAAAAGUUUGUAGCCAACUACGUACGGGGAUGUCCGUGUGCGGUUCGGCUGUGCGUGAGAAUGUGCUGUCCUCAGGGACACGUUUUCCACCGACGGAAGUGCGUACUGUCCGAUGGAACGCUAGAGGUGCGUGUCAAUACGACAUUGUACAACACGCAACGUAGCUUCGAAGUGGUGGAUUUAGUGCAAAACCCCAUGUAUGGCUUCCUGUAUGGAAAGCCGUGCGAGUUUGUGUACGAGCUGGACCCGUCGGCGGACGAAGCGGACGAGUGGUCAUUUGCGAGAAAUGGCAGCAUCAUCUACGACACUAAAUUGUUGACAAGGAACCAGUACUGCUUCAUGCAAACGAAUGAUUCGGAGCCUGUGGUGCCUUUUGUCUGCUUCGAGCCGGAGGAGGAUUUUAAGUACGCCCUGUACCCCAUCGGCAUGCUUCUGUCGGUACCGUUUUUGCUCGUCACCUUCUUCGUUUAUGCGUGUAUCCCGGAGCUGCGAAAUAUGCACGGAAAAUCACUGAUGUGCUACGUGUUCGGGUUGGCCGUCGGAUACACGGUCCUGUCGCUGGUGCAGAUGCGAAUAUUCGAGGGCGAUACCACCCCCUGCAAGGUGACCGGCUACAUGGUAUACUUUGCGUUUAUGGUCAGCUUCUUCUGGCUGAACGUCAUGUCAUUCGACAUCUAUUGGACUUUUAGUGGAGUCCGAGGUGCUAAGAGCACGGAACGGAAGAAGUUCGCCCUGUAUUCCCUGUACGCUUGGGGCUGCCCGGUGCUGAUUGUCACGCUGGCCCUGGUCAUGGAUCACACCGAGCUGGUACCGGUCAAUUUUCGACCGCAAGUGGGCGUGAAGCGGUGCCUGCUGCAAGAGGACAAAUAUGUGGAAUUCCUGUACCUCUACCUACCGAUGUUGCUGCUGGUGUUUGCAAAUGUAAUAUUUUUCGUGAUAACUGCCAUACGGAUAAUAAAGAUUCAGCGGGAGACUUCGAUGAUUAGGCGCGGAGACUCUAAGCGACAUUCCAAGCUGGAUAACGAUCGGGAUCGAUUCAGUCUCUAUUUGCGUCUGUUUAUCGUGAUGGGUGUCACCUGGUCGCUGGAGGUGAUUUCCUGGGCCGUGGACAACGUGGCGUGGAUUUUCUACAUCUCGGACGUAUGCAACUGCAUCCAAGGCUUUCUGAUCUUUAUGCUGUUCGUUUGGAAGCAGAAAGUCAAGCGGCUAAUCUACAAAAAGUAUGUUCGGAAUUCCGCUGGGCGACCAGGAGCCAUCGCUGUCAACCUGCAGCACGCGUACGACGGCAACGGUCAUAACGUCCUCGUUCAACGGGUCAAGAUCGGAGAAACCGCUCGUGACUCGGGUGAGUGUGGACCACGGUGCGAUAAGGACACCUUCGAUACCGUCGGAGACGGCGGCGAAACAGCUGAAAUUGCAUCAAUUCGGUUGAACCGAACCGGGAAUCCGAUGCUGUUGCGGAUUAUCAGUGUGGAUCCAACUACCGAGGAGAGCUUACUGAUGAUGCACUCCCAGCCGGAUCUGUCGGAGAAAAGCUAAAAUGAAGACCAAAGAAAAGCUGCUGGUUUUGAUUGCUUAGGUUACCAAGUACAAACUAUUUUCGCUUCUGAGACAGUAUGAAUAUUAAUGUAAUAUUAAGUGGAAUCCAUAGUGUAUACACAUUGAGUGUCAAACUAAUCAAGCCAUCUAAAUGUAUUGUACUUAAAUUAAGUCUAGAGUCUUGUCAAGCCAUUGUUGGUUGUAAAUCAAACUUUGAAGUUGUUUAUGUUGAAUAAAUAGAACCUCAACUAGUGCCACGUAAAACAAUUCACCGAUAUGAUGAGUCAAUCGAAAACUAUCGUGAAAUGGAUGAAAUCUUUCCAUGAAAUAUAUAAACCUAUAGGUGUAUAUUUACAAAAUUUAGCUUUUAACGUUAUAGUGUUAGCCUACUAUAUUAAAUUAGAGGAAAGUAUAUCAUUUAAUGUGUAAAU